AUGGACGCAACUCCCAGGAACCUUCGCUCUUUACCCUCAAACUACAAAAAUGCUCGCACUUUGCCUCCAAAGUACGCCCUCUGGUGCAAGAGGUGUGAACGACUUCGACCUCUCGCUGCAUUCGCCAACAACCGUCAGAAGGAUGCCUCGUACUUGAUGACCAACAGAGGCGCCAGAUUGGGUGACGCCAAAGUCGUAGACAAGCUGAUCUGCAACGACUGUUCUGGCGCACCCAAGACGGAUCUCAGAUGCACUGGAUGUGGCAACAGUCGCCCUCUUGACCACUUCUCCACAACCCAGAGAAACGAUCCAGACACUGCCAUGUGUCGCAAGUGCAUCAGCGAGAUCGAGAACGUUAUGCCUGGACAGCAGGAGCAUGAGGAGGAAGGUUCUGAUGAAAAGUACCUGGCGAGCAUGGGCGGCAGUGUCAUCCCCUCUCAUUCGUCCAGCAGUGGAGGUGUCUCUUUAGCUCCUAGCAACGGCUUCGAGCCAGUUCCUUCCACCACUCGUGGCUCUCAUCUCACCACAAACACUGCACCUUCUGGUACAUCGAUCACUGGUCGCUCAAGCUGGUCUACUGCCAGCACAGUCACUACUACCAGUCACAGAAUCAAAGCUAGUGGCUGGAUCGAUAUCCCAAAGGGUCCCCGCUUCGUUCCAGUCCCCGACCUCGAAGAUGAUUACGCUGUUGAAGAUGAUGGGAAGGAUUAUCAGAUGUGA